AUGCAAAAAUAUACGAUCAAAGCGGGUGAUACAUUGUGGGCUCUCAGCAAACAAUACGAUAUUCCUCUCGACGAAAUCUUAACUGCCAAUCCUGAUGUUGUACCUGAGAAUUUACAAAUUGGUCAAACGGUAAAUUUGCCCACGAGAGGGAAAACAGAAAAGCAUCAUCACACGUCGAGUGGAUCAGGUCGAACAAUUUCAAUGCGUGUCACAUCUUACGGAUGGAAUGAUAACGAUCCGCCAAGUGCAGAAAUUGCUUAUCCAAAAAGUGGUGGUUAUCCCACAAAGCAUAAUUCAGCGACAGAAGGUCGAGGAACCUACGAAGAUCCCAUUACAUUUGCAACAGACGAACGUGAACUAGACAUCGGAACUAUGAUUUACGUUCCAUUUUUAAGAAAAUAUUUUGUUAUGGAAGACCGUUGUGCAUCGGCAGUACAAGCAUGA